ACAGGGGUAGUAACGACCGGUCCAAAGUGAUUUUGUCCCCGUCAUCAGCAGGACGGACAUCUCUUGUGCAUCUCACUUCCCACCUAGAUCAUGCAGGCCAUCGUCGCUCUGUUCUUCAUUCUCACCCCAGGUGUUUCGUCGCGCACUUUUACGGUUAUGAAUUCGUGUUCGUAUACCAUCUGGCCUGCUAUCUUUACGGAUUUGAACGUAGGCCAGGCGGUGCCUGAUCACAAUACUGGUUGGGAAGCCCCUGCAGGCAGUUCGGUUUCAUUCAACGUACCAAGCAACUGGAGUUCUGGGCGCAUCUGGGGACGCACAGAUUGCGACUUUUCGAAACAAGGACCAGCUUUCUGCGUUACGGGAGGCUGUAACGGAGGCCUUCUUUGUGAUCCUCAUACCGGAACGGGUGUACCCCCGGUGACCGUAGCGGAAUGGACGUUGGCAGCCGACGAAGGGGGAGAGGAUAACUACGAUCUCUCCGUUGUAGAUGGCUUCAGUGUGCCGAUGCUCGUCACACCCACUGGUGGCUGCAAAGCGCCCAUCUGUGCCGCCGACCUAAAUGCGAAUUGCCCACAGGAACUCGCACUGGCAGGACCAGAUGGAAAGACGGUCGGUUGUAAAUCUGCGUGCCUGGCUGAGACGCCCGAGCAGAAACAGGACUCACCCAACUGUUGUACGGGUUCUCACAAUGUGGCUGCGACUUGUCCUUCCUCCGGAGUGUCCUAUUAUAGCUACUUCAAGGAUGCUUGUCCGACUACGUACGCGUAUGCCUAUGAUGAUAACACUUCCCUUUGGACGUGCCCAGGGGCUACGCAAGCGGAUUAUACAGUGACUUUUUGCCCAUCAGCACAAUGAUAAACUCUUGUCUAUCUGGCUUUUAUAGAGUUUGUCUACUUGUACACCGGGGUCUUGUUCUAUACGGAUAUAUAGCCUUUAGUUGUUAAAAACUCUGUGAUUAUCCGAACGCUCUCUGCAACAUCUGUAAUCGAAGUAUCAAUAUGAAUUUCUGGGUUCUCUGGAGCCUCGUAUGGGGCAGAAAUGCCCGUGAACUCUAUCGUUGGGUGUCAAC